AGCUUUGCAGUGCAACGUUGGGGAUACAACCUUGCUCUCAUCGUUUAAAGGUUAAUUCAGUUCUACCAAAGCACACAUCAACAUGGCCUCGUGGAAUGGCAGCAAUCCAGCAGACAGGAGAAGAACAGGAGAAAGACGCAGAUCAUCCCAGGAAAUAGCAUCAGAAGACCUGGUAGCUCAACAGACUGAGGAGGUGUUCCAGAGCUAUGCUUUCCAUCGAUACCAGCAGGAGCAGGAGCAAACUGAGGGGGAUGUGCCAGUCGACCCAGAAAUUGCCGCAAUUCAGCAGGAGCCAAAUAGCAUCAACAAUCAGGUGGGUCGACGCUUGGCUAUCAUUGCUGAUGACAUCAAUGCACGGUAUGACAAGGAGUUUUCUGAGAUGCUGAAGUCCUUGCAGCCUUCCAGGGACAAUGCAUAUGAGUACUUCACCAGAAUAGCCUCCAGUUUGUUUGAAAGUGGCAUCAAUUGGGGUCGUGUGAUAGCCCUGCUGGGCUUCGGCUACAGGAUGGCAAUCCACGUAUACCAGCAUGGGAUAACUGGUUUCCUGAGAAGAAUUGCACAUUACAUGGCUGAAUUUGUGCUACACAAUCGCAUUGCACAAUGGAUUGCGCAGCAAGGAGGAUGGGUGGCAGCACUGGACUUGAGCAAUAUUUAUUGGAAAUACAUUAUGAUAAUCACAGUGAUUGUGCUGGGCCAAUUCAUUCUUCGCCGUUUCUUCAGUCAAUGACAGGAAAAG